AUGUUCAACAAGUCCGAGGGACCAGAAGUAACUCUCACGCACCGUACCGCCUCGUUCGCAGACUCAAACCCCAUCCAGACCAUCCAGGAUUUGCGGAUCGUUGACAUUGGAGUAAACAGCUUGAAGGUCUCCUGGAAAAGGACCCCGGGCGUAACGCACUAUAAGAUAUCCUGGGUCCCGUUCAGUGGAGGCUUGGAAACCUCACAGAUCGUUCCAGCAGAGAUCAUAUUUUUCACAAUUACUAAGCUGCAGGAGAGCACGACGUACACCAUCCGUGUGUCUUCAAUGAUCCAGGAAUGGGAGGGAAGCCCAGUGCUUCUCAGUGCCAAAACACUGGGUUUCCCUAAAGUGACUCAGUUUGCAGUUCAGGAGAGCACGGAAAGCAGCAUUUUACUGAGCUGGAUGGGUGUUCCUGGGGCGUCUGCAUAUUUAUUAACAUGGCGCCUGGCAUCAGCGUCUGAUCUUUCCACUGAACUGUUGGGAGCAGCUUCUAGAUCAUAUCGAGUUGCAGACCUGAAGCCAAGAGGGAUGUACUCUUUUUCAAUAAGACCGCUCUUCGGAGAGACGGAGGGGCCAGAGGCGGCACUUACUGAGCAGAUAGUGGGAUCUCGAGGGAAUCCUUCCACUCCUGCUCCUACCAUUACUUCUUUACCACCUGCCACUAUGAGAACCCAGUCCGUGGGUUCUAGCAACGCAAGGGCCACUCCUCUUCCAUCAGCCACCACCAUGACAUUAAGAAUGACCCCAGCAACCACAGUUGUGACAACUAAAGCGUCACCACCAUUGACCACUCUCUCUGGGCCAAUCUGUGGCAAGUUCAAAGCGGACAUCGCGUUCCUGGUGGACGAGUCCUCAAGCAUUGGCCAGAGCAAUUUCAAUAAAGUGAAGGAGUUCCUCUACCGGAUCGUCUCCUAUUUCCCCAGAAUUGGGCCCGAGGGAACACAGGCAAGAAACCAUUAUUCUGUCUAUCUAUUGUAG